AAAAAAUUGUUAGAUAGAUAAGUUAAAUUUUUCAUGAAUUGCUUAUCAUGACGAACGAGGAUAACGUAUGGCGUGAACUGGCGAGCAUUCCUGCCGAUCCUCCCAAGACAAGGGACAAAUGUCAACAAUGCAGGAGACCUGUGCAAGUAUGCUGGUGCCUGGGCUUACCAAAGCAACGUCUCAAUCCAGCGUCGAGGAUAAUAAUUUUACAACAUCCAGCAGAAGCAAAGCGAUGUCUGCGAACAGUGCCGAUGCUUGCAUUGGCAUUAGAAUCAGGAAAGUGCCUAAUUUUUAGGGGAAAAAAGUUUCCACUGCCUAAGCAUGAAGGCCUGGCAGAGAUACUGAAUGACAAGAAUACUAUUUUACUAUAUCCGUCGCCUGGCGCUGUCGGCUUGGAUACAUUGGAUCCAGUCGGGAUUAAUGAACAAAAAGGAUAUAACUUGGUUCUACUGGAUGGAACAUGGCCGCAAGCAAAGGCGAUAUAUCACUCGAGUCCAGCUCUGUACUUUCUACGGGCUUGCAAGCUGAUCGGCGUGCCUACCAGCGAAUAUGUAAUCAGGACACAGCCGACAGAAGGCUGUCUCUCGACACUUGAGACAGGUGCAAGCGCGCUCUCGAUUCUGGAAGGCGAUCCUAAUCUGAGAGAGAAGAUGUUGGGUCCACUGCAUUAUUUAUGUAGGUUUCAAAUAGAAAAUGGCGCAGUAACGCACCAGAGCAAGGAGUUUCUUGUCAAACAAAAAGCUUAUCCCAAAUUAAUUGGCAAAAGACUCGCCAAGCAAUUACGUAUAUUACCAGAUAAUACCUCAUAACAUUAAGAUAUAUUUACAAGUUUGUUAGAUAAACAAUAAAUACCUUUCAUGAACUCUAUAUCAAGUAUAUUGUGACGUCCAAAUGAAAAAAAAAAAAACACUGCGUUAUGUAUUAACACAAAUUUUAAUAAUAAAUUUUCUAUUUAUUUAUG